UCUUAUUUAACUGUAGGACAAUAUUGACUAUAUUAAGGUUAAGCUGGGGAAAAGGAAAUAAAUCUACUUCAUCGCUAUGGCUGCAGGAACAAAUACCAGCCACAGGGAUGUGGCUGACUACAGUACAAAUACAGAAAUGGAAUGACAUUCUGUAUCGGAUUAACAACAGCUGUUUGAGGAAAGGUGGACUGAAUGGGACAAAUUGAUAAAUCACAGAUAAACACUUUUUCAGAACAGAACAGAUUCAGGUUCUCUCCAGACGGCAAAACAUGCAGCUCUGCUCGAAACCUUAAACUCCAACUUGGCUGCUUUAGAGGAAAAGCUUGGUCAGGAUCCCCAAUGGAAUGAACUGCGGAGCUUGAGAGCUGAAGUCAGAGAGCAGGCUGCUUGGCUAGAAAGCUCUACAGAUGUGACCUGGAGUUUUACUUGUCAAGUCCUGCUAUUACUGCUGAGUCUGAAAAAGUGCAUGAUCCUCCUAGCUGCUGCUUAUCAUCCAGCCAAACCAAACCCUAGGACCGCUGAAGCUGCUCCUGCUCUCAGCCCUGACACGCUCAGUAUCUCCCAGCAGAAGACUGUUCAGUCUGCAUUGCAGUUUGUGAUUACCUUGGGCCUUUGUCCAUAUCUCUUGCCUGGGGUUGGAAUCCCGCUGAAGCACAGGACAGAGUUCAGUGCUGUUGUUCAGGAUGUGGUAUCUCCCCACACUGCCCCCAGUGCUCUGCAUCGGCUCUAUGCCAGCUGUACUGCACUGCUGCAGAUUGCACAGCACCCAUCUUUGGGCAGCCUCAUCCUUACCCGCCACCUUGGGGACCUCAUCGCAGGUCUGUGCCAGCUUGGAUUCUGCCCGAUCAAAGGAAAGGGGGAGCAAGCCAGGCCACUGGAGCAACUAAAGGGCCUUACAGAAGAGCAGCGAACCCACUGCAGGGAGGCCUUGAAGAGUGUCUUGGAUCGAGUCUACCAACCCCUAGUGGUCCGGGAACUGCUUGUUCUCCAGGGUGGAUCCAAACAGGGCUUGCAGUCCCCUGGACAAGAGGUGAAGCAGCCGCUUGCCCAAGCCCCAGCUUGGCUUCGGCAUCUCUGCGGACAGCUGCUCUCGGAGAGGCUGAUGAGACCCAGUGGGGUUCAGGCUGUUGUCCGGGGCAUCAUGGAGGGAGCAGGAACCGGGUCAGCUGGUGGCAGCGGCGCUGAAGCAGCAGCUGCAGACUGGAGAAAGUGUGACAUGGUUGCUAGGAUCUUGGCCUCCUGUCCUCAGCAAUCUCUGUCCCUGGAGGAUUACUACAGACAGGUGUGCCCACAGAUUCUAGACUUACUGCAUAUUCAGGAGAAGUUGACAGCACACCAGUUCCAGAGAGUUGCCACCACUGCCCUUCUCACCAUGGCCAGAGAACGCCCUCAGCUGGCAGUGAAAUAUUUGCUCCAUCCCAUGCUAGCACCACUUCUCCAGUGCUGGGAUAUGGCAGAGCUGGCAAUGGAAGACUUACCUGCAGGGACUGUGCUGGUGAAAGAGGCAGAGCUCAGCCGCUGCGUGGAAGAUGUGUUCAAGGUGUACGUGGCUGGGAAUGAGGCCUCUGAUGUGUUGCUGGAAUCCUUGCAGCCAGCUCUGGGAGUGAUUUUCUCUCUCUAUUGUUUCACCAAGCAGAACGUGUCUCACUUACGCUCACCAUGCCAGGAGAUUUUAUUAUGGGUCUUGGAGAAGUCAGAGAGAAAGGUGGCGCUCUCCAUGCUGGAAGGGUUUGCAGGACUGGGUAGAACCAUGCAGUUUCUCCAUCCGCUAUGCCAGUUUCAAGUAGCUGGUGGAGGUGGUGCCAUGGUCACUGUCAGAGAGACCAUCAGUGAUGAGGAGGAGGCGCUCUACCAGAAGGUCUCCUCGGAGCAGUGGCAGAUGGAGCAGUUGGUGGACCUGUUGACUCACUGCCAGAAGAGCGGCUUAGCUGGAGACUUCUUCAUCUGCUGUUUAAAGGAGCUGACUCACGUGGCUGCAAAGGACGAGGCUGGCUCGGAUGCUGUUCCCCUCUCCUGUGAGAGUCUGGUGGAGCUGGAGCAAUACCACAGUCAGCAUCUUGUGGGGCAGAAGAAGAAACUGCUUGUUCUGCAGCUGGUGGCCAUGCUGUGUGAGCGCGUCUCAGACACUGUGUUCACAGACAUUGUCCAGGUGGUGGAAUUUGUGGCAGUUACCUUGCAGCGGGCCUGUGCAAGUCUUGCCCAGGGUCCAGAGGGCGCUGUGGAGGCGCAGACUCUGAGCAUGUCCAUGGGACUAGUGGCUGCCAUGCUAGGAGGGGCAGUGCAGCUGAAAUCGAGUGACUUUGCCUUCCUAAAGCAGUUGGUGCCCCUGUUGGAGGAGAUCUCCCGCAUUCAUCCUGAACCUGUCAUCCAGGAGCUCGCUGCUGAUCUGCGCAUCACCAUCUGCACUCACGGAGCCUUCUCCACCCAAACAGUUGGCACUGCUGCCCACAGCACCCUGGGGAAAAUAAUAGGGUCAAACAGGUCAGGAGGACAGACCCACGCAAACCCCACAGAAAGUCCUGAGGACAAAACAGCCGGGCUCAGCCUGGGACCGCCACAGAGUAAUGAAAAUUGCAGCCACACAAACAGCAGCAUGGCCAGUAACCCCAGUCCUAAAGGAAAGAAUGGGGACUCCACCGUGCAGAAAGAGUGCCCCGCUGGGACUCCUACAGCAGCCCACAGCCCACAACAGCUUCAGGAGCUCCUCUUAUCAGCGUAUGACCCUGAAAUCCCAGUACGGGCAGCUGCCUUGCGGGGUCUUUCCCGCUUGAUAGAGCAGAGAGAUCCAGACGGACUUAAGGCUCAGGAGAAACUCCUCAAGGUUUUCCUGGAAAAUAUGGAACACGAGGACUCCUUUGUGUACCUUUCUGCUAUUCAAGGUGUUGCCCUUCUGUCAGAUGUGUACCCAGAGCAAAUCCUACCCUGCCUGCUGGCCCAGUAUGGCUGCACUUCACCAGGCACCAGAGGACCCCAGACUGCAGAGACCAGGAUGAAAGUGGGAGAGGUGCUGAUGCGGGUAACCCGGGCACUGGGGGACAUGAGCUGCCAGUACAGAGCUCCUCUGAUUCAUGCCUUCCUGAGAGGAGCAAGAGACCCGGAUAGCACCCUGAGGGCUAGCAGUCUGUCCAACUUGGGAGAGCUGUGUCAGAAACUUCACUUCCAGCUGGGCUCCAUGGUUCAGGAGGUGACCUCCUGUUUGACAGCCAUAGUUAAGACGGCCAGUGAGGCUGAAGUCCGAAGAGCUGCCGUCCAUGUGGUGGUGGUGCUGCUCCGUGGGCUCAGUGAGAAAGCAACUGAGGUUCUCAGGGACGUGCUGCGGGAUCUCUAUCGCCUGCUGAAAUCAGUGGUGGUCUCUGACCGUGAUGAGGUCACUGUGCUUCAUGCCCAGCUGGCCUUGGAGGAGCUUGAUGACAUCAUGAGGAGGUUCUUGUUCCCCCCUCAAACCCUAGAGAAGAAGCUCGUGGUCCUGCCUUAGCAAGACAGACGGGCCAGCAGGGUCGAGUGCCCCCAGCAUGACUUCCACAGCCGAGUCGCACCUCUUGGUCCGUGCCAGCGCGCCGUAGCCAGGAGAGACUGGGAUUCCUGCGUCCCACAGCUCGUCUCGUCCCCUCCUGCCUCCCGGUUUGCUGAGAGCAUUUAACACACUCUAGGAUGUGCUUAGAAUUUGCUAGUCCUCGUGAGGCUCCUGCUCCAGGCUGGGAGACUUGGAGCCUGCCAGCGUGUGUUCUGGCCUGUCUGCCUCGGCUAUAAAUGAGGCUGUGUGGAAUCUGCAAGAAAUCAGAAAGUCGCAGUGAGGGCUCCUUGCCUGUGCAGACUGCAGCAUUGCUUGGGGCCAGCACAGCUACAGGUGGCAGCGUCUCACAGGGACCAGCAGGGAGUCGCUUUUAAAACCAAAACCAAACGUGUACUGAACCCAAACACAGAGCAGGAAAAAAUCCCCACCUGUGAAGAAUCCAUUUGCUCUGCCCUCCGUUCAUGUUUAACGGGACAGCUGCCAAUGAAACCACCGGCCCGUCACAGCGAGGAGGCAGUGGCAUCGGGGUGGCUCCGGCACAGGUACCUCCCAGAGGGUUCAGCCGGCCUGCCAGGUGCAGAGCCCCCUUGGCUCCCCCCAUGUGCUCAGACUGAGGGAACUCGCUGCUCAAAAUGCAGAGACCUUAUUAAAACGACAGCCCCUCUCCAGGCCCGUGGGACUGGCUCCUCGGCGAGUGGUGAAAGGCAGGAACUGGAAGUCAGCUCUCAUCCACUCCCUGCGUUUGACCUGCACUGGGGGCUCUCAGGCAUUAGCGCUGUGCUGCAGAGCUGGGUUUAAAAACCCGUUUGGGGUGAAAUUAUUUACAAAACAGCCCCCGUGAGCCGUCCACUGGGGUGCCUGGUGGGGGUGGGGUAUGUUUGACAUUGUUUUUAACAAUAUCUAAACUCUGGGCCAACCUUGUUGUGCCAGGGCGCCUCUACGCUGGCUAUAAAGGACCUCUGUCACUGUCA